GCCGCACUCCGUCAAAGCGUUGCAGAUGGCGCUUUCUAGCGACUCUCUGGGGGGGCAGUUCGACAAGGAUGGAAAGCUACCUGGCUACGGGGUCUCCUUCAACUUUAAGCGGGAACGUUCGUUUGGUGAAUUCGGACACUUCUACGACGGCCAGAGAGUAGGUCUUUGGCUAGGCCCAGACGGGCCGCACGAGGGCAACCACCAAGGGCCCUGCCAAAUGAAGGAUGGCGGAGUGUUUCGGUGCCCGCAGCUCACGGGCGUCAACUGCAACGUUCACGAACAAAACCACGAGAAGAAGACCAAGCACCUGCCCAGCGUCAGCGGCAUGGGGUUCGACACAUUCACUUAUAACAUCACCUUGAUCAACGAGUUGGAAAAUGUAAAAAUCAACCGCAAGACAUGCAGCGUGGCAGUCUCAAGUGCCAUCGAACACCCCCACGAACGUCUGCAUGCCUGCCGUAAGGAAGUGUGGACUUGCGGUCGCUGCUUCUGCAGCAAGCCUCUUAUGAGGUCGUUCGACCAGUUCGGUAAAUUGCGCAUCACGCACAUGUAGCGGGUUGUGGGUAGAACGGUGUGGUAGCAUCAGUAGUCCAUGGGGGAUGCCGAUUGUUGCUUCCUGUCCAUUAAGUCGUUAGGUGUUGUGUACUCUCAUGUGUUUGCGAUAGACGAAUCCCGUUAACAUGUAUUUCAAGAAUGUAGGUCGUAAAAUAGAGAGGGGGUGUUGCAAGAUCCCUGGGGAAGUGUACAUCACACGGCGCGGUCUCACCGGCGAGGAAUGAUUGCCUUGAAUCAUGGAAUGGUUAGUGUCACCUUGUACCCAGACCUAAUUCAAAUGGGGUAUAUAGUGU